AUGUUGCAUGCCGUUCGCCUACUCUCAUGUUGGCGUCCCGCUGCCAUUCAACACUUGCCCGACGUUGCCCCCCACGCACCGGUUCAGGAGGUCGAAAAGUCGCAUGCUCGAUAUCGGCCGCUCUCUCUGAGGGCUAGACAGACUCUUUCGGAAAAAUCUGAUGACCUUCAGUAUCACGUCGUGACUCAGGAAUGGUUUGGGGAACGUGUUGACAGCUUUCUUACAUGCCAUUAUCCCCAGUGGGACUACGAAACUAUCAAAAGAUUGGUGCAGCAGGGACACAUAUAUAGGUAUAGGAAGAACGGGAAAAAGAAAUUUACUCGUCUCACAGACAGAUUGGAGUUCGAUGAACUGCUUGUCGUACCAACACGAGCCUUCUGGGAGAAGCAACUUGCUCCCCCCAGUGGUGUCCUAGAGGAGACUGACGGGCCGAAGUUUAAGUUGUCAGCUACUGCACGAGAAAUGGCUCAUAAUAUGGUGCUAUUUAAAAACGAGCAUGUUAUAGUAAUAAACAAGCCCCAUGGUUUACCUAUGAUGCCGACAGACGACCCUCAGGAGAUGAGUAUAGCUGCGAUGUUGCCAGCCUGGAAAUUCACGAACGUUGCGAAGCCAGUUGUUUGUCAUAACCUAGACAGGGAAACUAGUGGGUGCGUUGUGCUAGCUAGGACAAGAAAUGCACAUCGUAUGCUGGGUCGAAUGUUUGUGAAGCGGGUGGUACCCAAUAGUGUGUACUGGAGUUUCUGCGUUGGUAAACCAACGGUUAAUUAUGGUAGGGUGCGUAUGCACUUUGACAUAACCAGGGGGAAUAAAGGCGAUAUUAUCGUUGCAAGGCCUUCGCCGACCAAGACGUCCAAAGUGGCUAUCGCUGAGUUUGUUGUCAAUGCAAGCGCCCUAGAGUUUGGUAGCUUUAUUUCCUUUUAUCCGCUAACAACCCGUCGCCACCAGGAACGAAUUAUGGCAGCACAUGCCCUGCGCUGUCCGGUGUUGGGGGAUGCUAAGUAUGGAGGCGACGCGGCCUUUCCAUCGUCGCUGUCGCUUUUUUGGGAUCCUGAAAACAAGGGUUUGCCACUUCAUCUACAUCAUCGCAAAAUUCAAUUACCCUACAAAAAUACGGCGGGGGAGUUUAUUUGUGUCACUGCCCCUCUUCCCACCCAAAUGGAGAAGACAUUUAAAAAACUUGGAUGGCCAUGUGAAGUGGACGACCCGCUGAUACCGGGCUGA